UAUGUAUGAGUAUGUCUACAUCUACAUGUUCACGUACACUUACACCUGUGUCUUUAUCUGUGUCUAUCUCUAUCUCAGUUUACUACAGGGUUUCUCAACUUCUGACAUACCGACAUUCUGGGCAAGAAAUUUUGUCAUUGUGCGGGAGUUACCCUGUAUAUAGUAGAAUGUUUAGUAACAUCCCAGGCUUCCAUUAGAUACGAGUAGAACCCUUCUCCUGGUUAUGACAUCCAAAAUGUCCCAGGCAUUGACAGAUGUUCUUUGGGGAACAAAUUUUACCCAACUGAUAACAAGUUAGAUUUCUCUCUCUUUCCCUCUUUCCCUCUCUCUUUAUCUUCAUGUGCCUAUACUUUAUUUGUGGGAGUGAGUUUAAUGUCAAAUAAGUAUACUGGAAAGUUUGGAUUUAUCUUAUUCAUUUAUCAUAUUGCAUUUGUAACUAAAAAUCUACCAGAUGAUACUACAUAAAAGCCACUGACUAUGCUGUUGUCUCUAUCCAGAACAGGUUUUCUGAUAGACCAAGAUGGACAAACACAAUCUAACAGCGCUGAAUGAAUUCAUUCUGACAGGAAUCACAGACCGCCCUGAGCUGCAGGCUCCAUUGUUCGGGCUGUUCCUCAUCAUCUAUAUGAUCUCAGUGGUGGGCAACUUGGGCAUCAUCAUCCUCACCAAGAUGGACUCCAAGCUACAAACUCCCAUGUACUUUUUUCUCAGACACCUGGCUGUCACUGAUCUUGGCUAUUCAACAGCUGUGGGACCUAAAAUGUUGGUAAAUUUUGUUAUGGAUGAAAAUAAAAUCUCCUAUUAUUUUUGUGCUACACAGCUAGUUUUUGUUAUCAUGUUCAUAAAUGGUGAGCUAUUUAUUCUGUCAGCAAUGUCCUACGACCGCUAUGUGGCCAUCUGUAACCCUCUUCUCUACACAGUCAUCAUGUCACAAAGGUUGUGUCUGGUGCUGGUGGCAAUCCUCUAUAUUUAUUGCAUGUUUGUUUCUCUUCUUGUCACCAUAAAGAUUUUUAACUUAUCCUUCUGUGGCUACAACGUGAUCAGUCAUUUCUACUGUGACAUUAACCCCUUAUUAUAUUUGCUCUGCUCAAGCACACAUGAAAUUCAAUUGGUCAUUCUCAUCUUAGCAUCUAUUAAUUUGAUUACAUCCCUUUUAAUAGUUCUUGUUUCUUACAUGCUCAUUUUUGUAGCCAUUCUCAGGAUGAACUCAGCUGUGGGCAGGCACAAGGCCUUCUCCACUUGUGGAUCCCACCUGACAAUCUUGGUAGUGUUCUAUGGGACUUUAAUCUUUAUAUACAUGCAGCCCAAGUCCAGUCAUUCCUUUCCGGCUGAUAAAGUGGCUUCCAUAUUUUACACCCUGGUGAUUCCCAUGUUGAAUCCCUUGAUUUAUAGCUUGAGGAACAAAGAUGUAAAAUCUGCCCUACAUAGGGCAUGGAAAAAAAUAUGCAACAUCUUUUCUAUAGUUUGAUGUGUCAUAUGGUUCCUAUGAAAUACAUGAUGGGUUUCAAAACUUGUCUGUGUGUGUCCAUAGAGUAUAAGCCAAAAAACCAAACCCAGUGCCGUCAAGUCGAUCCUGACUCAUAACUACCCUAUAGGACAGAGUAGAACCACCCCAUAGAGUUUCCAAGGAGCGCCUGGUGGAUUCAAACUACCGACCCUUUGGUUAGCAGCCAUAGCACUUAACCACUACGCCACCAGGGUUUCCCCAAAGAGCAUA